CCUUUAGGACAUUAGAUUUUUUCUUUUUCUUUUGUUUUUGCCAUAUUUGAUUUUUUUUUUUUUUCAUACUUCAUAGAUUUCUUAAACAACACAUCAAAGUGUAGAUUACCUAAAAGUUGAAGCAAUAUUCCAAGCUGGCAUAGCAUGCUGACAUUUUUUUGGCUAAUUAAACCCAAAUCAAAAAAUCUAAAACCAAAAAAUAAAUAAAAAAGUAAAAUAAAGAAAUCAAUUUUUCUUAGUCCUCCACACUCCUAUUCGGCUGUUUGCAUAUAAGUAGAGAUAAAUAGGAAAACAAAGCUUUCAAGAAAACAGGUUGUUCAUCCGUGAUUAAAAAAUAAAAAAAUUGCAUUUGAAAUUACAUCAGAAAUUCGUUGGAUAUCUCGUGAUAUUUUCUCCAACCUGUUCUUUUUCAAUUCCUACAUAGAUUUCAUUUGAGAUAAAAUGACGCCGAAAAAAAUAGUGCGGCUAAUAUCGGGGAAAACAAUGUCGUGGAAUAGAGAAGAAGGGAAUGAAGAAAGAUCAUCAACAUCACCGUCGUCGUCGAAAGACGAGGAGGAUUACAUGGUGGAGAGGCCGAGAGAACGAAUGAAAUCGUCGAGGGUGAAACAAUUUGAUAUGCUGGUGAAUGAGUUGAAACAUGAGUCCACUCCCAGGGAGUUUUGUAGGGAAGGCUUUUUUACUGGUCUUACAGAUCUUUAUCAUGGUCUUGUUAUUCAUCCUGAGAAAAACAGGUGGUUUAAGGCAUGGGACAAGUUCAUACUAUUAUGGGCAUUCUACUCUUCUUUCUUUACACCUUUGGAGUUUGGUUUCUACCGCGGUCUACCAGAGAACCUCUUUAUCUUGGACAUUGCUGGACAAAUCGCUUUCCUUGUCGACAUUGUACUUGGUUUCUUUGUUGCAUACAGAGAUAAACAGACUUAUCGUAUGAUCCAUCAUCGCCGUCCUAUUGCCUUUAGGUACUUGAAAUCAACUUUCUUUGUUGAUUUGCUUGCUUGUAUGCCGUGGGAUCUUAUUUUCAAGGCAUCUCACCGUAAAGAAAUAGUGAGAUACUUGCUAUGGAUCAGGUUGUGUCGGGUACGCAAGAUUACUUUCUUCCUCCAGAAAAUGGAGAAGGACAUAAGGAUCAACUACCUUUUUACUAGAAUUAUUAAACUUCUCACUGUUGAACUCUACUGCACACACACUGCGGCUUGUAUCUUUUAUUAUUUAGCCACUACAAUUCCUGAACAAGAAGAAGGUUAUACAUGGAUUGGCAGUUUGAAGUUGGGAGAUUAUAGUUAUUCCCACUUUAGGGAAAUUGAUCUUUUUAGGAGGUAUACUACAUCUCUGUAUUUUGCCAUCGUCACCAUGGCUACUGUAGGUUAUGGGGACAUACAUGCUGUUAAUCUGAGGGAAAUGAUAUUCAUUAUGAUCUAUGUCUCGUUUGACAUGAUUUUGGGUGCUUAUUUGAUCGGUAAUAUGACUGCAUUGAUAGUUAAAGGUUCUAAGACAGAACGAUUUAGAGAUAAAACAGCCGAAGUCAUGAAAUAUAUGUACAGAAAUAGGCUUGACAAGGACCUCCGCAAUAAGAUCAAAGGUCAUUUACGUCUGCAGUAUGAAAGUAGCUAUACUGAAGCUGCUGUUCUGCAGGACAUUCCCAUAUCACUUCGAGCAAAGAUUUCCCAUACAUUAUACAUGCCGUUCAUUGAAAAAGCUCCUCUUUUCAAAGAAUGUUCUCCAGAGUUCAAGAAUCAGAUUGUAACCAAAGUCCAUGAAGAAUUUUUCCUUCCUGGUGAAGUUAUAUUGGAGCAGGGAAAUGUGGUAGAUCAACUUUAUCUUGUCUGUCAUGGAAAGCUGGAGGAAGUAAGUAUUGGGCAAGAUGGGUCAGAACAGCUGAUUUCACGUCUUGAACCAGACAGUACUUUUGGACAAAAUUCCAUAUUUUGCAACAUCCCUCAAUCGUGUACAGUACGAGUCGUUGAUCUGUGCCGGCUUCUGCGGAUUGACAAACAAUCAUUGAGUAAUAUUAUUGACAUAUACUUCUUUGACGGCAAAAAAAUCUUUGACAAUCUCCUUAAGGGAAAUGAUGGAAAAUUCAACUUGACGGAAGUUGAAUCUGAUAUCGCAUCUCACAUAACACAACAAGAAUCAGAACUUGCUCUUAAAGUAAACAAUGCUGCAAACCAUGGAGAUCUUUAUCAGCUAAAGAGUUUACUAAAGGCUGGAGCUGAUCUAAACAAGACGGAUUACAAUGAAAGAUCUCCACUGCAUAUAGCAGCAUCAAAAGGACAUGAAAAUAUUGUUCUUUUCCUUAUUCAAGCAGGUGCCCUUGUCAACCAGUCAGAUAAUUUUGGAAAUACGCCCUUAUUAGAAGCUGCCAAAAAUGGACAUGACCAAAUUGCUGCAGUCUUAUACAGAGAAGGAGCAAGAAUUGAUAUCAAAGAUGUGGGUACUUAUCUUUGUACUGUUGUUCUCAGUAAAGAAUCUAAAGAUGUGGAUUUUCUGAAGAGACUUUUGAAUAAUGGAGUUGAUCCUAACUCUAGAGAUUAUGAUGGUAGAACUCCACUUCAUGUUGCUUGUUCUCAUGGCUUGUAUUUGAUGGCCAAGUUGCUGGUAGAGGCUGGAGCUCUUGUUUUGUUAAAAGACAGAUGGGAUAACACGCCACUAGAUGAAGCUAGGCUAUGUGGACAUAACAAUUUGAUAAAGCUACUGGAAGCUGCAAAAUCUGCUCAACUCUCUCAACCUGCUGGACAGAUUGAACAAAUUUCCGAUAGAAAGCUCCAUAAGAAAUGUACAGUAUUCCCUGUCCAUCCAUGGGAUACGCAAGAGAAGAGAAUACCAGGGAUCGUUUUAUGGAUACCGCGUACAAUAGAUGAGUUGGUUAAGACGGCAUCAGAAAAGUUAAACCUCCCAACUGCUACUUGUGUUUUAUCAGAAGAUGGAGGUAAAAUACUUGAUAUAGAAAUGAUUGACAAUGGUCAGAAGCUCUAUCUCAUUACUGAAACGGAUUAGGACUUUGUUCAACUCGCCACUUCUUCGUGUAUAACAAACUAGUCCUAUCUGCGCUUCAAUUCAUGUAUAAUAGCCUCUGCUCUGAUUAACCGGAAAGGUUGGGAAGAUGGGUCAAGGUGCCUCAUGACUCCCGAGCCAAUGGAUGGUUAGACCAAGGAUUUGCAAAUGUACUAGCUUAUUCAUAUUGAAGAUGAACUCAUCCAACUCUGUAUAUGGGAACUUUGAAACUCAUUAAACAAUAACGUUGAGACCUAAUCUAGAGUUAUAAUAACUCAACAGUUGCAAA